AUGAUUGAAUGGACCGAAUUUGCAAACCUUUAUGCAAAGGUCAACGGUGUUUCACUUAGAACAACACCUCCUCAAAGUCCUUCCCCCCCAGGACUUUACAACUUCAUCCUCUCUCCUCAGGAUAUUCGCGACGCAAUCAGCGCUCCUCCUCCUCCUCCUGGCAAGGGUCACCGAGUGGGUCGUCACCAUUCAAACAGCAUGUCUUAUACAUGCAACUAUGAACCUUCAAGUAGUUAUCCCGUCCUUGAAGGUUUCCCCCCAGGUUUCCCCCCAUCUCAUUCACCUCCGCCUACCACUUCUGUGCCUUCAACGCCUGGUUCCUGGCGUUCGGAAAGUCGGCAUUCUUCCCCCCCUGUUACUCCAAAUUCUUCGCCUGCUGAUGAUCUCCCAAGUUGGUGCUGCGGUCGGUGGGAAAGAACUAGUUUUUCGCCAUCUACCGCUAGGCCCUUCAGCACGUACAAGAGGAGCACGUACAAUAGGGCGCCUAAACAGCCAGCCGCCAAACAGGAUGGAUGUCUGGAUCUUCCGUACCAGGCACGUAUACUGACCGGGAUUCAAACUCUCUUGGAGCAUGCCUGCUACACCUUCGCUGAGCAAAGGCUCCCACGAGUUCUCAUUGAGAAUGGAUGGGACUGCCCAGAAGCCGGAGAGCUCAACGUGUGGAUGCAUCACUUCAACGUUGAAAGGAUGACUCUGCGUCAUGUUGCCCGAGAACAUGAUAUGGAGGAAUCCCUUUCCGAUGUGAUGCAUUCAGCCAAGCAGAUCCGCCACAAUGCUGUCCACCGUAACAGGGUGGAGAUUAACGAGCUGGCGAUGCAUCUGGACCAUGCUGUUGAUCUCUGCACGAUUCUUGGAGUGCAGGAAGACCUUGAUAAAGUCAAGGCUAUUCGGGACGACACAAAGGCCGGGAUCGCUUCGAUGCAAGCUACUAAGCAGGAGGUCGGCAAGGGGAUGAUGCAGAGAAUGAAGAGUCUGGGACUAUAA